UCCACAUGAUGCUACGCUUGGAUUCAUUCUUUCGUUACGAUAUGCCGUUGUGCCACUCGCCACACGAUCGAUCGAGCACACGGCGCGCGAAGGCAUCGCGAUCACCAGUCGCCGUGGAAUUACCCGCUGAUGCAAUCGUCGUCGAAAGGCCAUCUUCCAUUCUUAAGUACGGUUGAACAUCUCGAGAAAGUCCGCCAACGAGGUCCUUUAACGUACGAGAUCUCGCACUUACAAGAGUAUUGUCGAUGGAAUUCCACAUUGACGGAAUACGCGACUGCUGGGUGAUGGUCGACGCUUCAGCGCAAGGACAGAAUGCCACCACAAGCAGCGUCGUGGUGGAGUGCUCGAUACUGACUUUUGGAUGCAAUGACGACGGACAGUUGGGCCGUGGGGAGAAGAAGAAGCCGACCGGAACGUCCAUCGAAGGUGUAUCGAGCUCGAACCAGCCACAACAAGUGGGUGCACUGCGUGGGCUGGACAGCGUUAUGAUUUCAUGCGGCUCGCGUCAUACACUGGCGCUGACGACCACCGGCGACGUGUACUCGUGGGGAUGGGGACAGAUGGGACAGCUCGGUCUCGGGCAUCACAAGAGCACAAACCUCCCAACCAAAGUUCCAUUCUUCGACGAGUGCAAGAUCAAGUUGGUGCACGUGUCCGCGGGCGGAUGCCAUUCUGGUGCGGUCACGGACCAAGGUGAGUUCCAUCAUCGGCCUUGUCGGAUCCGCGUGACCGUUCGCGUUCGUGCAGGUCAAGUGUACAUGUGGGGCGAAGCGCAUUGGGGUCAACUCGGUCUCUCUGCCGACUUGAUCGAACACCUCCAUCAAGCAACGCCCGUGCUGUGCAAAGUUAUACCUGGCAAUUCCACAGACAAGAUUGUGUCACUGAGUUGCGGCGGAACGCACACCGUGGCUCUCUCAGAGCAAGGGCACGUGUAUACAUGGGGCCGUCGCGACAACGGUCAGUUGGGCCUCGGCCGCGAGUGGCUUCACCUCGAGAUCGAAACCGAUGGCGUUUCGGCCUUUACUCCCACGCGCAUUGAACCGGAAUCGUUUGGCAUGGAGAAGGUCGUUCAGAUAUCAGCGGGGGCGUUCCACACCGCCGCCAUCACCGAAUCCGGCGCUGUUUAUACGUGCGAAGUAUGCGAACAUCAUGCCAUUCCUGACUACGGUGGAUGUAGUUGGGGAAAGGAGGACUAUGGGAUGCUUGGGGUCGGUCACACAGCAGAUAUCCACGUCCCGCGCAAAGUUGCGUACUUUGACAAGGAGCCGGCGAGGUAAGGUCAAAGGCGAGACAAGUACGGCAUUCAUGACGAGAGUGGUAGAGUUGUGUCGUGCGGAGGGUGGCACACGGCCGUGGUUACCCGUGCGGGGGCUGCAUUCGUGUUUGGUCGUGGCGAAUACGGCCGACUGGGCCUUGGCGAUGGACGCAGUCACUCGCACCCGCACAAAGUCGAGUCGUUGGCGUCCCACACAAUUGUCGACGCUUCGGCAGGUAUCACAUGCCUAGAGGCUCUUCACGUCCACAAUCGGAUGGUAAACAUCUCGUGUGACACAAGGUGGUUCGCACACGUUGUUCCUUACGGACAAAGGCGAAGCCUUUAGCUGUGGGCGCUCCGAGUACGUGUGCAUGACGAUACGGUACAUGCAGAAGGAGUGACGAGAGGUGUUUAGUCACGGACGGCUCGGCAACGUCGAGGUCAAGAAGUACUGCUCCUUGCCUGAGCCGAUUCAAGAAACCACGAUGGGAUCGAUCCCCGUGAUCCAAGUGGCCGCUGGCGGCGCGCACUCUGCGUGCUUGUUGCACAGCACCCGCGUCGUGGCGUCGUCGUUGUCGUAGGGCAAGUAUGCGAUUUUCCAGCUCCUCUUCCACGCUUGCAAAUGGCACCAGUGCCAUCCGGAUAACUCUGGUCGUUCGCCGAAUGCCGGAUAUGACCACGUUUAAUUCGAACGGACAAUAUUCCACCAAUCCACUGCGUCUAUGUUUG